UCAGCAAUUUCGUUUUUCUUUUUCUUUCCUUUUCUCAGUACUCAAUCGUACGCAGUUUACCAAGCAGAAAAAGUUUUGAAAUUGCUCAAGCAAAGUACACGUUCCCUAUCAUUUUAUUAUUCUUAUUAAAUACAAUGCAUUAGUCGGGUAAGAUUGUUUAUUUUAAAUACUGAGAAGUUCAUUGUCGUAAAUAGUGACCUUACGGGGAACAGUCUGUAAAUUCUAUUGUUAUUUUCUCUUGCUAAACUAUUAAAUAACAUCUUAAGGAACUAAUCUCACUGAGUAAUGAUAAUAUACCGCAGGUCUAAAGAAAUUCAACGUUUAUUUAGGAUCCAUGCACAUAUUUAGAGAUAUAUCGCUAGAGACAAAUCAAACAGUAACUCUAAUAAGCUUACAUUUUUUACUAUAAAUAACAAAUGGUUGCACAAACAGAUUCUGCCCCAGUGAUUUUUGCCGAUAUUAAACGACACAGCCGAAGGUUUCACGUUUACAUAAAUGAAGGUUCGAGCUCAUUUUAACCGUCUUACCUGACUACUAAAGUGAUACAAGUGCUUAGUUAUUGAGAAUCGACAGAAAUACAGGAUUUUGUAGGAUUUUGAGUUUCAAGUUAUUUCGAAACUGACGGAGCAGCGCGAAGAGAUGAAUACGGAUUUUCCGUGACCUGUUACUAAACUUACGGAGGCAUCUCCAUUUCGAAAAUUAUACAACGCCAUGGACUCAUAAGGAGUGAAAAGACUUGGUUAUGGAACCGUUCAGUGCUAUGAAAGUCCUCUGUUCUGAACGCAUCGUUGAAACGCGAGUCUACCUCCAAGAUUUUGGAGUUGUCUUAAGAGCAUGCUCAACGGAAACCACAAGCGGCUUGCCGUAGAGGUUUCUCACGGGGCGUAAACAAACCAACUACGUAACAGAGAAGCCACGCGAACGACUUCGUAAACGACAAAAGCCAUGCGAGAGAGAAACCUCUGCUCGCAGGGUAUUUUCCAAACAAAUCCUUGUGGAUAUUUUAAUUUCAAACUGUCGAAAAACCUUUUCAUUACGCAUUACAGGCCUAAAAUUUUCUUUAAGUCCAUAACAGAAAAACACUCAAAUGCCUCUAAUUUCCUAACAGUUGCCGAAAUGAAAUAAUCUCGGGCUAGGGAAUCCCCAAGUACUGGCAACAUCUGAGGGCUUUGGCCAGCUUUCCCAGGGUCAGGGGAAUUUGGCAGUAUUUGGAGUGAAGUUUCCAACAAAUCCCCGCCUUUUCUUGUGGGGGUGGUGGUGGAGUUUACAUUGCCCCCUGCUUAGCGGGUUAUCAAUAACAAUAAAAUUUAAUAGCAACAACUAUCCUUUUUUUAAAAUCGAAUUUGAAGGUGCAAGCAAAUACAACCGUAGUCACAUUUCUCACUCUUGGGUGACCGCAGUUGAAAAUUGUUUCGAGGACAAUAGUAUUGUUCAACCCAAUUCUAUUUUAGGGCCGUUUAGCUGAAAGCCAACCACAAUGUACUUCACUUUGUUGCUGAAACUAGAUAUAAUUAAUGUAAGGAAACAGCUGGCUCACGUAUAAAUCCCCAAGCAAAAGGUAAACCCCUACCGCGAGGACUGAUGAACAAAACGUAAAAAAAAUCUCAACCUCGUCCCUAAGUCUCAAUCCCCUACCCCAUUGGAGAAGCAAUCUCUUUAAAAUUAUCUCCUUCAUUUCCCCGCUAAACCAUACCUUGUCUCAGGGUGGGGGGACUGGAGAGGGGGAGGAGGUUCAUUGACUACCGAGUUUAAUACGCCAACAUCUCAUUGUAAUUAUUUUCCGUUUACUACUGAGCUGGGCUCUAUAGUACUAACACUAAACAAAUACACAUUAAAUAGAAAAACACUAAGAAAAAAAAUAACAUCACAGACAGAUUAUUUUCUUGAGGAAGAUUUGCUUAGAAAGUUCAAGGGGUGAAUGGCCCCUAAACUCGCUUCAGCGCGGAAAUAUGCCCGUAAUGAUAUGGGCUCCUGCAGGUACCAAGAAAGGGUCAUCUUUUCAUAAUCUGCUCUCGAUUGUUUAAGGGGGUUGUAACGUGCCUAAACGAAAAAGAUAACCAGAAUAAGUUUUCCACGUUUUGUUUUAUUUUGAAUCCUGAAUUAUUUUGAAGACUGAUUUUUUUCUUGUUUUCGUAAGAUUUGCAUUAAGCCCAGAAGCUGUAAUGGGAGUUUUAAGAGGUGACCGUCCCUUAACCUCGCUUUAGCGUUGAAAUGUGCCGCUGCCAAGAAAGGAUUAACUUUUCACGAAAUCUGUCCUCGAUUUUGCAAAGAGAUUUAAUAUGCCUAAACAAAAAAAGAAUGGUCACAGAAAGCUUUCCACUUCUUUUUCUUUUGAAUCCUGGUUGAAAGGUGUGUCUAUUUCCUUAGCAAGAAGUUGUAGUAAACCGUGAUUUUUACAUAAAAUUCUGAAAACAAACCUGUCAUCAACUUACUCUUUUUAAACCUCUUUAGGCAUUACUUUCAAUUUUACGUAUUUGGAACUCCCAGCAGGUCUAGCAUUUUUAAUUAAAACUGUAUAGGCUCCCUAAAAACUGACAAGGCGUUCUGUAGGACUAGCUUGUGGGAGUCUUUAAAAUACUGUAGCUGAGGCGGAUUGUUUUCUCUUGGAAGAUUUGCGUGUAUUGAGAUUUUAAAGAGGUGACUCUCUCUUAACCUUGCUUGAGCAAAGAAAUGCCGAUGCCUGUAGAAUCUGGAUUCCAAAAAUAAAACUGCAACUGAGACUGAUUGCUUUUGUUCAUAAGAUUUGGGUUAAAUACAAAAUCUUUAUUUUAAGCUUUAAGAGGCCGGACUAGCCCUUAACCUCGCUUUAGCGCAGAAAUAUGCAAAUUCGUAUGCUUAAGAAGAUCGUCCUUUCACGAAAUCUGUCCUCUCGAUUAUUUAAAUGUGUUUAAGUGUUCCCGAACAAUAAACAAUAGUCAGGGGCAGUUUUCCAUUUUUUUCACAAAUUUACAGUGUAUACACAACAUAAAGAGACUGCAGACCAAUUGUUUCGUGAGGGAGAUUUGCGUUGAGACAUGCCUUGUUAAGCUCAGAAUCUGUUUUCAGUUUUAAAGAGGUUGGAAUGUUUUUCACAAAAUCUGACUUAAAAGGUUAAUGUACCUAAAAAAAUACAGCUUUGCAUAUAUUAUUAUUAUUAUUAUUAUUAUUAUUAUUAUUAUUAUUAUUAUUAUUAUUAUUAUUAUUAUAACUUUUUAAUAACUUUGUUUUCAGAUCAGCAAUUUUGUUCAUUUUUGUUUUUCCUUUUUUUGGUACCAGGCUCAGGCAAAGUACACGUUCCCUAUCGUUUUAUUGUUUUGAAUAAAAUGAGUUUGUUUAUUUUAUAUACUGAGAAGCUCAUUGUCGUAAAUAAUGAGCUUACGGGGAACACUCUUUAUAAUUUAAUUGUUAUUUUCUCCUGCUUAAUUAUAAAAUAACAACUGAAGGAGCUAAUCUCACUACUCAGCGUUAAAACGACCGAUUUGGAUGAGAUUAACGUACCUUUAACCUGCAAUUAAAACCAGGUUUCAAAUAUUUUAAAAUCCUUCUUACUCCAAAACAAGUAGACUUAAAAUAUAGCUUCAAAAGCACACCCACUAAGUAUUUGCGGGAGAGGUGAGACACAGCAAGUGAAGCACAGUCAAAAGUGAAGACAAUGCUGGCGAAGCAAGUCUUCGUUUACUUCGCUUUUCAGGUGCUAUUUUUUCAGCUCACUAAAGGUAACUGUCUAAGCUAUUGAUUAAUUCUUCACUACUGAAUUCUUACAGUUUUUGCAAACGUAGAAACAUUUUGUAAAAUAACUUGACUAUUCACGCUGGAUUAAAAAAAAAGGUUCGGGGAGUGUCAAAAAUGACUGCUAACCCACAAAUUUAAGAAAGUAGGUGAUAGGGAAAAAAUUCCUAAUGUUUUGUGUGUAUCCGUUCUUAAAUGCGAAUGGAACGGUUUUUGUUAAGAUCCAUUUCCAGUUUGGAGUUACUUUAAGCGUACGUUUCACUUAUGAAUUUGGACAUGAUGGAAUCGCUUGGAGUCAACAUGGAGUGGUUACAGUUAGGUAUAUUGGUCUGUGCAAUGAAUGGAUACAAGGUCGAUGCAGGGAACGCAUCAUCAUCAUCAUAAUGUUUUACUUCAAUAUAAUUAAACAGUAUUUAACUUUAAAAUACUUUUAACUUUUUUUGCAUGUACGUUAUUCAAGCGGUUGUAUUUCGAGCUGGGAAGGUCAAUAUUUCCGACACAUCCCAAAACAACCAUGGCUGUCAGACCGUUUCUUUCAAAGCUCAGUUCCAGGGUUCGGGAGAUAUAAAGGUGUUUGCAACGCUGAGCCAUGGAAGCGAACAUGUCAAAAUCCAUGACCCAGCGUCUGUUUGGGUGAAGUCAGUGUCCACAUCUGGUUUUGAUGCUUGCGUUCGUGAAGCAGGCAGCGGUUCUGGAGGCGCGUCUGUAAUCAACUGGCUUGCAUUUCAAGGUUCACACCAAGGCAUUGAUUCAGGAAUCGUUGAAUUUGAUGAAUUCACCUCAAGGACCCGGUGCAAGAAGAUAUCGCUUAGUAUUCAGAAUAAGGUGAGAUGGUAAAGUAGGUGGAUUUAAUCAGUCAUUUGAACAAAGUUAAGGUGACAAACAGCCCAUUCUUACUUGGCCAAAAUUGAUCCGGCAUGGAAGAAGGGACCUAGCCUUCCCUCCUUGUAAGGGAAUCCGGAUUCCGGAAUCCGGGAAAAUUUUGGCUGUGGAAUCCGGGAUCCUUGGUUUUAGAAUCCGUAAUGCAAGUUCUACUGACAAGGUAUUCGGAAUUCAGCACCUGGAAUCCGAAAUCCGAGGCAUAGAAUCCACAAUCCAAGACUGUCGUGGAUUCCCUUACAUGGGGCGACUAGCCUAAACGUAGAAUCGAGUUUUCGGAAAUCCCAUACUUUUCUGUCGCUAACUAUAAUCGGAACUUUGAAGUGUAGUUACAUCAACGUGAUGGUAGAAUCCUAGACCGUAUAUUUUCUUUUUCUUUCUAGAUAAUUGUUCUCUUGUUACUUUGUCUUACUUAGGGGAGACCCCAAGUGUUUGUGACUGUUCUACAUAAACAUUCCGACCGACCGUUUGACUCCAUGAACAUUUGGCUAGAAGACGUCAACACGGAUAGUUUUGUGGUUUGCUUGAGGGAGUUUAUGAGCUUCGACGGCAGCCAUUCAGGUCUCAAAGUGGUAAGUUGAAAUUAGAAAAUUCACGAGUUCUCGUUAAACGAGAACUCUGAGGUGCACUAGCCUUUAUUACUCUUUUCGCGAAAUUAUCGCUCUGGUUUUGCGUGAAAAAGAAGUCCACCUAGGGGUAACUCAAGGGUGUUCCAAUGCAUGAGGCAUCACACACUACCAUCAAUAGCAAAUUCUAUAUCCUGCUUCUUCUCCAAGUUGUAUUACAAAAAUUAACAUAUCAACAACCACAGUGACAACAAGGAAAUCGAUUCAGUGAUUGCCUUAGGUGCUAGUAUAAUUUUAUUAAGGUUAGAUAUGUGUACCCAAUGCCUUUUACAAUACCCCUAUCUGUCGGAUCUCCCUAUCUCACUUAGACGAGCAUGAUCAAACAAAUGUGUAUAAAUUUUUUUUUUUCAGAACUGGCUUGCGUAUGAUGUGCUCCCGGGGUCUUGGAAUAUUACUGAAAGAGGAAAGCUUCAUUUUUCUGGACUUGGUGCACCAAAGAAAGAAAACAACUAUGCUUUUUGUCAGGUUGGAAAGACCAACGGUCUUUUACAUGUAUUUGAUGAGCCUCUGUUUAGUUUAGUUGAGCUCAAGGGAAAACGUGUAUCGCCCAUUUCCAAGAGACACUAUAGCGGUCAACUUCAACUUUAUUUGAUAAAAAUAUUGAUUACAAUAGACUAGCCGGCAGAAUAGUAAUUGCUAAUCUAGGCGGACCAGUUAAAAGAGAAAUAAAGGGAAAGGAAAGGAAAGGAAGGAAACUAUUUUAAGUUACAAUAAAUAAUAUUUCUAUCAUAGUUUUUAUUUUAAUUACAUUAAGUCUACUAAGGAAAAACGAAAAAGGAAUUGACGGAGUGCCAAGAAAAAAAAACAAACAAACAAAUACUUUUGUACAGAAAUCACUUAACUGUUAAUCGAACUUUUUCAACCAACUUUUUAUGAAGUCUCAAUAAAGUCACCUUCUCUUUUUAAGAUGUCGGAAAGCAAUCUGUGAAGCACUUUCAUAAAUUUGUUUUUAGGAAGAUCUCUAAUAUCACAAGGUAUCUCAUUCCAAAGUUUUACACCAAAACAAGGCAAGGAGUUUUUGUGUUUUUCCAGCUUUGAGCUUUUAACGUGAAAGUUACCUGAAGUAGAUGAUCUUGUAUGGUAUGAAUGAAUUGUUGAGGUUCUUUCAAAUAAAUUGAAGAGACUUGUUGGGGAAUUGUUGCUGUCAUUAUCGUGCAUUAGACUGGCCACGGUUUUAUCAAACUAAAUGACACUGGUAAUAUGUCAGCGUCGAUAACUAGAGGAAUUGCGUGUUCACGUAUAACCGUAAAAUACAUCAUGCGAAGCAAUUUCUUCUGAAGAAUUAGAAUUUUAUUGAGGAGAGUCUUGGAUACCUGACCCUAGGCAGCAAGACCAUAGUUUAGGUGAGGGUGGAUUAAUGUUUGGUAAAUAUAUAACAAUAUAUAACGAGUUAUGGAGAGCCGAAGUUUUGAAAUGGUCCAAUAGUUUUACUGAUUUUUGCCGUAAUAGCGUCAAUGUGAUAUUUCCAAGUAAGGUUUUUAUCAACCAACACACCAAGAUAGUUAAUAUAAUUUUUGGACUCCAGAGUUACUUUUCCAUUUUUGUCGUUAUCGAACAUGUGGAGACUCGGUUGGUAAGUGACUCUUUUUUUAUAAGGGUGAAAGAUUACAAAGUUAGUUUUUGUAGUAUUGAGAGUUAAUUUAUUGGAUGUUAGCCAUUCGGUUUAGUAAUUCAAUUUACUAUAUCUUCUAGGGACUUAAAGUUUUUAUCAGCAUAAAGGAUAUUAGUAUCAUCUGCGAAGAGAUAAAACUUAAGUUUAUUCGAGCAUUGAUGUAUGUCAUUAAUAUACAAUAAAAAAAGCAACGGGCCAAGGCCGGACAGAUCCUUUGGGAAUACCACAACUUACGUGUUCUUUGUUUAAAAUGUACGGUCCGAUUUGGGUAGAUUGCACACGAUUAUUCAAAUACGAGGAGAACCAGUCUUUAAUAAUUCCACGAAAACCAUAGUGAUAAAGUUUGUCAAGCAAAAUGUUAUGAUCGACAGUAUCAAAAGCUUUCUUGAGGUCUAUGAAGACUCCACACGAGAAAAGACCUUGAUUCAUCACAGUUAGUUUGUAUUGCGUUUACAAUGUUUAAUAUUGCAUGUUGAGUCGAGUGACCUUUACGAAAGCCAUACUGGGAGGAAUACAAUAAAUUAUGUUUGUCAAUAUAAUCUUUCAUUCUGUUGUACAUCAUCUUUUCAAAAAUUCUGUUAAAGUUAGAUAAUAAGGAUAUAGGUCUGUAGUUAUUCGCACCAUUAUCUUUGCCACUCUUGAAUAUUGGAGUUAUUUUGGACAAUUUAAGUUUUGAAGGGUAUUUUCUUAAUGUUACUGAGAUAUUCAAUAUUUCUGAUAGAAUAUAUUAGGAGCUAUGAUACUACUUGCACACUUCAAUAAUUUUAUGGGAGAUGAAUAUAGACCAUAAGACUUGUUGUUUGGUUUGGAGAGUAUCUGAAAGUGCACUUCGUCGGACGUAACCGGUAAGACUGAUAGAAAAGAUGAAAUUGGUGCUUUGCAAUGACAAAUGUAAUUAAGAUAAUGUUUUGUGGCGUUGGAAUUGUUCUAGCUAGCCUAUUUCCCACAGAAGAAAAAUGGUCAUUAAGAAUAUUAGCAACCUGUGGAGGUUCUUUUACGAUUUUGUUGCUCUUAUUGAUGUCCUUAAUAGCAGUUACAAUUUUGGUCUUCUUUCUGCGAUACAAGACGUCAUUUAUUCUUUCCCAUGUCUUUUUCAUGUUCGUUUUGUGGCGUUCGAAAUAAUCCUGAUAGUAUAUCUUUUUCCUAGACGUAUAUCUGGCUGCAAAUUUUUUUUCUAUAAUAUUUGUAUUUGUCUUCGUCACCGGACACAUGCAAUUUGUUUUUAACCAUAAUGGACGCUUUUAAUCCAGUAGUAAUCCAAGGCUUAGAAAGCUGUUUGGCUUUACGCUUUGAUAACUUUGUAAUGGCAGCAUGUUUAUUUACAGUCUUAUUAAAUUUCUUAUAAAAAGUUGAAGAUAAUUUGUCAGGAUCAAUUGAAUGAUUUAUGAGGAUACAUUCCCAGGCAACUUCAGAGAGUUUCUUAUUGAAUUGGUCAGCGGAAAAUUUAGAAAAAUCGCAUAUUUUGGUGGUGUACGCUCAAUAGAUAGAAUGAUAGAAACAGCGGUGUGUUUCUAUAAUGAAUGUACGGUUAUCAGUGACAAAAUAGGGUUUAUCGUAUCGUUGAUCCUGAUUUCUGUUGCACACUUGUGUUUGAAUUGUCAAAUAGUGCAUCCACUAGCAGUCUUUAUAAACCUUGAUGUUGCACUAUAAUCUCUUUUAUUUGUUUAUUUUAGAAAACUUGCAAAACUUUCUUCUAUUUGGAAAUAAGAGAAAAAACACUUUUACGCAUUAUUACAAGAAAGUUAUGUAGGAACUGUCUUACAUAACAACAACAAACAAACAAACUGAACGUUAUUGACAGCAAUGAAAGCUAUAGCACAUACACACUACCUACAUUUAGCAAAAGCUAUGGGAGGCAGGUAGUGUACAUGAACUGAUGCAUUUUAAGAUAUUUUUAAUGUUGAAACAAGAAAAAUACAGAAAGAUCUUUGAAUUACAAUAGUUACUCUUAAACCGAGGUCGGAAUAAGAAGGUGAUAAGCUUUGAAUAAUGCUUUAUCAAUGCAUGUUUUGUGUAAUUUUUUUUUCAGGAUUAUAAAUUCCAAAAUCCAUUUUACGAGCCUCCUAGUGUCCUCGCGUCUGCCAGACAUGAGAACGUUACCAGUGUUCUGUGGAUGAAGGCUGAUGGUCGUUUUGGCAAUGCUUUAAAUGCUUGGAUAGAGGUAAGUAGUUUCCUAGACCAUAUACAGCCAUGUAACUUUCCUUAUUUAUUGAAACUGAUGUUAUAGAGUUCUUUUUCAAGUGCCUCCACACUCCGAGUAAGUGAGUAAAAAUGAAUUAAGGGCUCGAAGUGGCUGCAACGCUCUUAUAUUUGACUAGAAUUAAAUUCCUCAGUCACUACUGUCAUUUCAACAUCGGUUUUGUACCGAGCAAUUUUUAAUUUUUUUUUUUCAAUUUCAAAUGUGGGCAAGAAAAAGAGUGGCGAAUAAAAGGACUUCAUUCAAUUUCAUUAAAAUUGAGUCAGUCGAAAAAAUUGGCUUAGAUAAUUCUAAAAAGUUUUUUCUGCACAUACUUUUCUUGCGUAUGGAUUUUUUACCCCACAAAAGAAAUACCCACGCCUUAAAAAUCUAGGAACAAGGAACCUACUUUUAAAGACGCAGAAAGCCCCACUUUUUUUUUCCAUCUUACUUGGAUAGACUAUGGAAAUUUUUGAAGUGCUAGAUACUUAGUUAUAAGUUUAAUAUUUAGUUCAUUGUUUAGGAAUUCUAUAAAUUUUUUUUGUAACUUUGAACUUUGACUGGAGUAGAAAAUUGAUCGAACUGAACAGUAUUUCUUGCUAAAUUUGUAGCAGUUGUACCUGAAUGAAUGUGUUGUCUUCUAGGAAAUCACUCGUUUGUCUUUCAAAGUGUGCAUCAAGGACAGCCAGGGAAUAAGCAAGUCUCACGAUCCAGUUACAGUGGACUAUGCAAUUAUGGGAGGUAAUUUGUUGUUUCCAUGGCAUGCAAAAAAAGGAAAACUUUAGUUAAGAUAAGAAGCAGUUUCAAAAUCGAAGAAAGAAAAUAAAAACAAGAAAGAUAAGUUUUUGGACAUACACACAUGUAGGGAAGGUCUUAAAAAUGCAUUGUCUUCUGUAAUUCUUCUGACUUAAGUCUAGCCCUGCAUGCCGAAUGGAGUAAUAUUUUUCCGAAAAAUGUAUUAUUUUUAGCCCUUUAUGCUUCAGGAAGAUUUCUGAUAGGAGUUUAGAAGAAAAAUUGGUUAAAUUCCUGUCGUACGAAGUGAUUUUGUAUUUUUUCUCAAAGAUAUUGACCCGUGCACAAAUGUUACUUGCGAGUACCAUGCUAUCUGCAAAGCUUUCUCUGCAUUUGAUGCCCGUUGUGUUUGUGAUGACAACUGCCCGUCGUACGAAGAGCCUGUGUGUUCAUCUAACUCGACAACAUUCAAGAACAAGUGCUUUUGUCUGCUGGACAUUUGCAAACGCAAAAGUAACCACACGCUUUAUCAUCCUGGCAGCUGUACCGGUAAAAUUUCUUACACUUUUUUACUUUACUUCUUUGUUGCCAGCUAAAAAGCAUGAGACGAUCUAUUAGGCCUGAGUCAGGAUUAAGUAUUGCUUUUGUUUCCGCUCUCUCAGCGCAUGUCCCUCUUGCUCCCUCCACACACAUACUCCCCAUCACCAUAGAUGAAUUGAUAGAGAAAUUCAUACCGGCUUUUUCUAUAAUUAGCUCAUGAUGUCACUUUUGUUUACUUUGUUAAUUUGGUAAUCUAAUUUGCUGGAUGCGAGCUACCUGGAUGUAUCACUUUAAAGGGCAUUUAAUCCUGGCAUUGUAGCAAAAACUCUUUCUUGUUCCUCCAUCCUCAUUUGUUUUAACUCUUCGCAUUUGUAUACUUCUUUAGGCUUUCCAGUUCAGACCGGGCGGGUUUCACUCAAAAGACGUGUAAGAUCGGCUGAGACGGCCUGUAAAGUGGUGAAAUUUCCACCAUUCUCCUUCUAUCCAGACAAAGAAGUACACGUACAAAUAACGACCAAUCACUGGAACAUCAGCAGGAAAAAUUUUAUACACGAUGCCACAGUUUCAUGGGUGCACACCGUUAACUACGAAAAUUUUGAGGUGAAAGUUAAAAAUAAUGUUUUAGUUUAUCCUAAUAGACAGCGGUCUACCAAGUGGUAAUAGUUUGUAACUCGGUAGGAUUCAAAGAUUUCCAUACUCGGCUUGUAUGUUUUUAUUUCUCUUAACCUUUUUAUUGACGAUUUGUAAAAAAUUCAUUUACUGUUCCUUAACUGCUGACGUAAUUGCUGUUAAAUUACUGUUCUUUAAUUCCUGUCUUUCUUCGACAAUUUCAUAACUUGUACUACUUUUAUCAUUUUAAUUUUGCUCAUUCUGUAUGUCUUGUUUAUUCUGAAAAAUUAACAUUAUAUAACAUGCAAAACUUGGCAUCAGAUUUUUCCCUUAUAUGUAUUUAUGUGUGAUUAAUCUAUCAAAAAACUGCUCGAAAUAUCGGUGCGCUAUUUGACUCGUCACUUUCCAUGGAAGAACAUAUCAAAGGUUCCUGUAAAUCUGCUUUCUUCCAUUUAAGUAACAUAGCUCGAAUACGAAAGCACUUGCUAGCACAAGCAGCAGAGACCUUGAUCCAUUCCCUUGUGACCUCAAAAGUUGAUUUCUGCAAUUCACUUCGUUAUGGUGUACCUAAUCAACUGAUGCAAAAACUCCAAAGCAUUCAAAACUCAGCGGCCAGGCUAUUAACUUAUACCAACAAGCGGGAACACAUUAAACCUGUGAUAAAACAGUUUCACUGGCUACCUGUUGAGUUCAGGGUCCCAUAUAAAAUCCUACUCAGGACUUUUGAAUGUUUAAAUGACACUGCUCUUGCUUAUCUUAAAGAUUUAAUUCACCUGUCUACGCCAAACUGCAGUCUGAGAUGAAACUCGAAAAACUACUUAGCUCAUGAGCAAUACCACCUGAAAAGUUAUGGUCCAGUUAGAGCCUUCACAAUUGCAGCACCCAUUCUCUGGAAUGCACUCUCAGAUGGGCUCAGAGACCAUUCAAAUUUUCUAUAUCUUCUUAUAAGAAAUAAAAUAAAAACACAUUUAUUUAAAAUAGCUUUUUAACAUGUGAAUUUUCUAUUACUGAUUUAAUUAUUCUUUUCUUUUUUUAAGAAUUCCUUAUUUUAUUGUGAAGCGCUAAUUAACUCUACGGAAUUAGCGCUAUAUAAGUGUUACUUAGAUACAGAUAAAAUCUCAAUCAACCAAAUAAGUGUUGAAUUGUAUCUUAAGGUCUGCGUGACAGCAGCAGGAAGAAAUGACCGCUCUAUCCAAGAAUUUGCCACCGUGGACUGGAUGGCUUACCAAGGAGCACCUGAUGGUGGUGUGGCAGGAAAAUCACGCAUUUCGCAAUGGUGGACUGGAUCACAGUGUAAAGAAGUUAACCUUCCUCAGGUAAUUGUCUAUUUUUUCUGGAAGUGCACUUGGAGAUUGUUUAUUGUUAUUAUUAUUAUUAUUAUUAUUUGGGGGGGGGGGCGGUAGACAUGGCGAGAUAUUAAUUGACAUUAUGGAGGGUGGAGGAAGGAAAAAAGGUAAGAUUUUUAGAUGCUUGAAAAAAAGUUUGAAGUGAAUAAUUGCUAAUAAAAGACCGAUCCAUCAGGCCCUGCUCCCCAGGGAGCUUAUUCGCAGGCUAAACCCCUUGAAACUGCGAAAACAAUCAUUCAUUCAUGCACUAGAUUUUGUAUACAUGGCAAAUGUUCGUCUUCUGCCAAGGCGGUUAUAAAGCAUAAACCAACAGAAACUGAAACUAUGAAACAAAACAGACAAAACCGACCUUAUACAUUUGAAGGUUAAACUCGUGGCGGCCAGAAGCUUAACCACCACUACGAACAUGCAGAUCGUGUUUCAUUUUUUAUUCUGAACUUUUUGUUUUGGAUAUGUUCUUAAGAAAUUAACAAUAUUAAUAAGUCUGGAGAUACGACUCACCUUUGUGAUUUGCAUUAAUGAUUGCUUCACAGGGAAAGUUUGCUACUGCGCCAACAGUCCUGGUUACAGCAGAACAUAUUAGUGCAGCCUUCAAACAUGAUGCCGCCAGUUUGUGGGUGGAGAACGCAACCAGUUCCUCCUUUUACAUUUGUCUUCGUGAACUGCAGAAUUAUGAUGGUCUACAUGAGGAUAUCUUUGUGGUAGUUUGAUUGUUAUCAUUUUUCUGAGGGAUGCACAUUAAGAACCGUAGAAAUAAAAAGCACAUGUCAAAAAGUUUUAACGAAACGUAUGUAAAAGAGAAAAUAAUAUAUAUAAAAAAGAAACUUCACAUUGUAGCAAAUGGUGGUGAUGAACAUUUCUCAAGUAGUCUAAAAACAGUGAGUAUACAUAUCAUAACAUAUCAGGACUGGUAAAUUUCGUCCCGGAAUAGCGUUUACCAUUUAAACAAGUCAGUUCCAUUUUCCGAAAAACGGCCGCAAAGGCCUGAAACUUGUAUCAAAGAUGGCUUUGAAGAAAUGGCAAACGAAUUUCCGUUUGGAGCAUUCCGUCCGCAAAAACAAGUCUUCCUUUUCAGAUGUUCCUUUGCCACCGCAAAUUUUCCGCUGGAACAAUCCAUGGAGUCGUGAUCCAUUUACUUUCCAACCGAAUUUUCCGAAAACGUUUUUGUAAAUGGUUAACAACUAAGGUCAACUCCAGCCUCGUUUCGACUAGUGUAACUGUACAAUUGACUAUUAACGAGACGGCGUCUAACAUAAUGACUGGUUUUUGAAUUAAGAACAGCAUUUCCGUAUAUAUUACUAGAUAUAUACCAUCAGAAGAUUCCUUUGAAACCCAAUCACUCUCCACUGCUGAACAUUACUUUUUCAGAAUUGGAUGGUCUUUGAAUCAAUCCACCGGCCCCUUUUUGCCGAGAGCAAACAAGUGCAUUUCCCAAACAACAACCCUGUUUCUGCGAACAACAAUGGUGCGUUUUGUAAGGUAGGAAACACUUGAAAGCGAAAACUAGCUCUGUGAUUAUUAAAGCUUGUGCAGUGAAAUGUUAGCUGGUAGUCAGCAACUCCGUUUUCUUGUUUCUUUUUGUUGUUGUUGCUGUUUUUUUCUUGCUGCAUCUGACUGUGAAACGCCUUAAGCAAUCUCGGCCAUGAUCCUUUGACAAGCCUUGUGUUCUGAAGAAAUUUUUCAGAAAUAGGAACCGGGUAACGGAACGUAGUUUCACCUAAUUUCUUGUUAAAAGAGGUGUUUUUCCACUCCCUCCACUAUCUUCACGGCAGCACUACGCUAGAAAAACAUUGGAUAGGUUUUGACACUUACUCCUUACGCAGUAUGAAUUAAAAACAAAUUGUGUGCGUUGAAUUUAAUUUACUUUAUAUUAAUAGCCUACAUUUUCUACCCCAAGGUCGUGCAAUUUGCUAGAAAUUACGACAAAGAACCCAUAGUAGUGAUAGCAGCCAGUCACAACUCAGAGGGCAACAACCUAAAACCAAUACACAUGUCUGUUGCUGCUUGGGUUGAGGUAAAGUACGACGGGAAUGUUGUAAAGUCAUAUAAUAAAAAGGUCAGAAGCAAAAGAAGACUUCUUUUUUAUGUCAAGAAGUGAAAAGAUCUAUGUGGAAGUUGAUUAGGCCCUGUUAAAGCGCCACAUUCCACAUGUGCCGAGCCUACCGUAAAUUAGCUAGAACGAUAUAUCCUCCUCAUUGGCCGCUUAAAUUUAAUGCAAAAGAAAUGCGACGUUUAAACCGGGCCUAAAACAAUGUACACGGCAAUAUUUACAUAAAGGACCACUCCGCCGAACUUGAAAGUUUAAAAUUAUUAAUUACUUCUAAAACAUCUUGCUUUUUGGGCUAUUUUUUUGUACACUUUUCUUAAGUUCUGAAGUCAAAAUUAAUUUACACUUUUAAUCAAAUUCUAUUUCCAGACAUUUCUACAGUACGGGCCUUAUCAGCUUGAUCUGGCGAAGUUCUCUAGUAUAUUUGACCUUUAUACACGUACUCACAUUAAGUUCUCACAUUGUUAUCUUUAUUACUAAUUUUGUUUUGUAAGUAACACAAUUUCUUCCAUAAGUGAUUGUCUAGAAUUGAAAAGCAAGGUUUGUGACAUCACACAAUUUCACAACUUCUUCUUUUUGAAUUUUUAGGCAGCCAUCUUAAGCCCGCAGUUGCCCGGUUAACAAUAAAGUUAGCAAUUAUUAAUACGAUUCUUUUUUGCCAUCUUUAAGCAAAACGCAUUAUAGUAACGUUUUUAAAGAAGUAAAACUGAUAAAACAGACGGCUU